GCUAUGGCAAUAACAAAGCCUGGAGAAGAUACAGAACCGAAAUCAUGCGCAGACCGGACCUAACUCUGUUUUUGCUCUUACUGGUGAUCUCAGCUGUUAAUGCUCAUGCAAUUGAGAUCCAUAACUGGAUGUGUGGCUACAGAGGACUCUGUAGGCGUCUUUGCUCCACCCGAGAGCACAACGCAGGCCAUCAUGGCUGUCCUCACAGAUACAGUUGCUGUGCUGUUCGUUUUAAGCAAAUACCAAAACAUACUGUAUGGAAGAAGAACAAACCCUGAAACAAAAUGAAACAUAAGGAUAAGCGAAGAUUUUUGUCCGUAAUGUGUUUGUAAAUCACUGCGAGCCAUUCACUGCUUGUCUCUGUCAUAUGUGUCUGUACUCUUUCAAGUUUAAAUCUUUACCCAACAACUGACUUAAAAAUAAAUAUGACAGUUUUGUUAACAUAAAUAAAUAGUACAUAAGAAGAGUAGAAUAACAACGCUAUGUAUGGAAUAAAACAGUAAGCGGCAUGCUAUAAUAAGAAAAUAAUUAACAACAGGUUGAUAUUAAACUCUCAAACUCUCAUUAACACACAGCAGUGUUAUUCAAUUAGCACCCAAAAGAUAAUUAUUCUCCAGUAAUUCCAUCCAGUCACCCCUACACAUUCUCUUGAAUUUAAUUGGAAAACAUUUGUAGCUCGUUACGAAACCACAAAAUCACAAUAUCCGGCUAUAUUCAAAUAUAUUUGUUAUAUGUUUUUAUCUGUUUAUUGUUUGUCAUAAAUGAUGUACAUUGUCCACUAAGGAUGUAUGGAAGUUCUUUGUAUAGAAAAGAUAACAUAUUUGAAUUAUUUCAUUGAUUAAAGACUUCACUGCUUACACUUUCUUACCUGUUAAAAUCAAAAACAGCUCUGUUGUAUGAGGCAGUAUAAACCAUAUGACUUGUAUAGUGUGUGAUUAAUUUAUUACAGACUAGUACAUUAUUGCGUUAAUGUCUUUGGUUAUGAAAUCAUACUCAGUAGAGACUUUAGAGUCAAGGUGGAGCCCAUUCUGAGAUGUCAGAAGGCCGAAAUCAACGAAUAAACAAACACGCUAACCAAAAACAAACUAACCACAAACUCCAAUAUCCAAGAUGCACCAGCAUACAAAUCUGACCGCACCAGACUCCACUACCAAGUCAAACACGCUGCUUUGUUCAAAGUCACUGGACUCUUAACAAGACUUACCUGUUCCUGAGCAAACAAGCACACUUUAUAAGAGACUUUCACAUGGCUACAACCUCAUGAAGUAGUUUAUGAUGUUACCAAGCCUGGUGCACUUCCACAUUCAUUUUGAUUUUGACCUAUAUCCUACACUCGUUUGAUUUUGUAUAGAUUGGAAAUAGUUGGAUAUCUAAUCAGAAAUACUCAAAUAUUUUUUUUAAUAUUUCCUUAAACAACUGUCUAAUUGUGUGGUCAAUUCAUUUGCUGUAUCAUAUGUAAAAUAACAACUCCAACAUGUGUGUCAUUAUGUCAGAAAAAGUUGACGUCAAUUAACUAAUUAAAGUCCUCCGGGUAUUUUCAGUAUUUAAGCAGA